UGCCAUGGAUCAGAAUUCCCUUGUAUCUGCCACUGUGAUCCCUGACAUCAUUCUGUGUCCAGGCUGUAGUGGGCGGGGCACCUGUAACUUUGAUGAUGUAAUCCCACAGGAACAACCCUCCUUUUUCCUUGUAGAGUGUGUCUGUGAAACAGGAUGGACAGGUCCAACAUGUAAUAUGGAUGAGAAUGGCUGCCUUGGUAAUCCGUGUAACAAAAGCUCAGACUGCCAGGAUCUGACCCCCUCUUUCCAGAGGUCCCGGGGACUGACCUAUCAGUGUUCUGCCUGUCCUGUGGGCUACACCUUGUCCAGCUUUUUAAAGUGUAUUGAUAUUGAUGAGUGUGGUUUACGCACCAAUCCGUGCACUCAGAGGUGUGUGAACACAGAUGGGUCUUUUGUUUGUGCUUGUGAGGCAGGUUUUAGACUACAUGGUUACCAGUGUUUAGAUGUUGAUGAAUGCAGAGAGGGGACAAGUGGUUGUGAGCAUCAGUGUGUAAACACCCAGGGGUCCUACUACUGUGUCUGUUCUACAGGGUAUCAGCUACACACAGACAGACACACAUGUCUUAAAGCCUCUGUAGAACCUCCUUGCGUUGCUCGAAAAUGUCCCCAGGGAUGUAGAAUUAAUAGCACAGGAGAACCAGAGUGCUUCUGUUACCUUGGUUACAGAAUGAAGGCAGACUCAUCUUGUGAAGAUAUCAAUGAGUGUUUAGAUGCACCUUGCCCACACAGCUGCCAGAACACUAAUGGAAGUGUGGAGUGUGGAUGUUAUGAUGGAUAUCAGCUUCAGACAGACCACAGGUCAUGUCAGGUCUGUGACCUUGAUCACUGGGGACAGAACUGUGAGAUGUCAUGUGACUGUACCUAUCAUGCCCUGUACUGUAACAGUGUGAUUGGCUGUGUGUGUAAGCCUGGCUGGUCUGGGAGGUUCUGUGAAGAAAACUUCAAUGAGUGUGAGGAUGUCAGCCUGUGUCAGUCACCUGAGGUCUGUACAGACACCUAUGGAUCAUUUGCCUGUGUUUGUGAAAAUGGCUACCAGAGGAAUACCAAUACUGGACUUUGUGAAUAUUCCAGUGCUUGCAGCUCUUGGGCUCAGUAUGCCUGCCCAAUAGAUGAACUUUGUGUGGACACUACAGACAAUUACGUGUGCGUCUGUGCUGAAGGGUUUAUUAGAGUUAACGACACUUGUCAAGAUUUGGAUGAAUGCUCAGAAAUGUUACACAAUUGUCAUCAUGAGUGUGUGAAUACAUUUGGCAGCUUCAGGUGUACAUGUAAAACUGGAUACAGCCAACAGAUCAAUGGAAAAGAGUGUCUCCCACAAUUGUCUAACCCCUGCAGAAGUAGUAACAAGUGGAACUUCUGUGACCAUACCUAUGGGGGGUGUACUGUGGAUGGAGGAGGAAAUCCUGUGUGUUUCUGUAGGGCUGGUUACUCUCCUGUACAAAAGGAUAAUUUCACUCUCUGUAAUGACCUUCAGGAAUGUUGGAUGGGUAUAUCUGGCUGCUCUCACAGUUGUUCAAAUACCUGGGGUGGAUUUACCUGUGAGUGUCCCAAAGGAUUCACACUGGACACUGAUAGGAAGACUUGUAUCAGUUGUGCUGAUAUGGGAAAAUGGGGAGAUAACUGCACAAAUUCCUGUGGCUGUGGACGUGGUGCCUUAAGAUGUGACCCUGUGGCUGGUUGUGUGUGUAAACAGGGCUGGACUGGUCCCUACUGCUCACAACAUGUUGAUGACUGUAGUAACACCUCAUGUGGUACUCAUCAAAAGUGUGUUCAUGUCAACUUCACUCAUCUAUGUGUCUGUGAAAACGGUUUCCAAAGAGACUCCAACAAUCUUUGUCAAGAUAUUGAUGAGUGUUCUGCUAACCAACACCUUUGCACACAGAGAUGUAUUAACACACAAGGAAGCUAUAGGUGCUCCUGUACUGACGGGUUCCAACUCGGAUCAAACAACAGCACUUGUGAAGAUGUUGAUGAGUGUACACUAGAGACAUCAGACUGUCAGCAACAGUGUCUUAACACAAUAGGAGGAUACUACUGCUUCUGUUAUGAUGGAUUCUAUCUGACUGGUUCCAAUCAGUGUAUUAAAGAUGUGUCUACCUCCCCCUGUGUUGCCACAGGUGAUUCCUGUCAGUAUGGAUGUAGAGUGGAUGGAGGACUAGCUUUCUGUUUCUGUCCUAAUGGUUAUACACUGAACAAAGACAGAACAACUUGUUCAUAUGUAAAUUCAACAGUAAAUGUACAGUUGAAAACAAAUAUCAAUUUCCAAUCUGAGUACAAUAACCCCUCUUCAUUGCCGUACAAAAACCUAAAAGAGGACAUGGAAGCUGAGACUCGUUCCUUUUUUGGAAACAUUCAGAAUCUGAAGUCUGUCAAGAUUUUUAGAAUUAGUGAGAGCAGUACUGUGUUUGACCUACAAGUGAAGUUUAACACAAAUGUCACAUUGGAGUUGGAAACACAGUUUAGUACAGUUCUACAGAACAUUUACCAAGCAGGAGUACAGUUACAGGGAACAAAAUAUGCUGUACUAGAAAACCCAGUUACAUCAGUACCUUAUAGACCUGCCCCCUGUGUACUUUGUCUUUCCACUGAAAGAUGUCACAUCCUUGUGGAUAACAGCUAUGUAUGCAGAACUGUUUCAGUAAGCACUACUAAUGCAGUAUCCCUGAAAAUAACAACAGCUAAGAGUUAUGAAGCAUUUAUGGCAGAUACAACAGAUAUAAAAUAUGCUGUGUUUGAAAACUCAGUCAUCACAACACUGAAUGAAAUACUGAACUUCACAGUGGUAGACAGAAUCCAGUUGUCAACAAUAUUAGCUUUGGCCACUGGAACAAAAUUACAUGUGACAGUCCUCUUGAAAGUGUUAACUGACCCAGAUUUUGUGACCCUGAUUGCCAGUAAAGUCAACGAGAAAAUAGACACUGUAGGGUGCAUAACUCUUGUUGGUAACUGUGUACCUUUGUUAAAGAAUACAGACAUCUUUGAUGGAACUCGAGAAGUUCCAGUGGUAUGCAAGACAUGUUCAGAAAAUGUAACCUGUAUCACUCAUUCUCCAGGCUGGUGGAAUUGCUUGAUAAGUACUACUGUAAUUCCAUCUACUACACCUGUUCCUACAACAACUGAAACAACAACAGUUUCAGCAGUUUCUAGCACCCCCAGAACGAUUACAGAGGACAAGCAGAUAAUUGUGGGGGUGGGGGUAGCAGUCCCCCUGGGGGUCCUUUUCCUUGUCCUAAUUAUUGUUCUUGGUGUACUACUGUGCAGGAAGUGGCAUCACUGGAAAAUACAAAGGAAUAGGACUCAGAACUAUAUUGCAGGCCCACAACAGAGAAAUCAGACAAACAGAGAGAGGGUAGUCUUUCGGCAACCUAUAGGACACAUUAGACAACCUUCUGCCCAAAUAAGACCCACCCUACGCAAUGGCAUACCACCCAGCUAUCCACGUAUAUAUCCAGUCUUGGACCACUUACAAGAUGAUCGUAGAUCAGGUCGAACAUCAAGACGAAAGGACAGUUUUGCAUUACAACGUCCUUUGGUGGAUCAGAGACCCAGUCAUAUAUACAAUUCCUAGGCCCUGUAAAUGGAGGAAGGGUGAUUGGUGUUUUAAUGAUACCCUGCUAUAGGCUUUAUGUUUCCGAAUUUCCAAGUUACGGACAGGUUCUUUGAUCUUUAGUUUACAAUCAUAAUGUGACUUGGAUAUUGUUGUCUUUCUUAUAUUUUUUCCCCAACAGUUAAUAGUGAUAAUUAAGGUAUUUUCUUUCUUUCUUUUUUUUACAAGAUG